AUGCUGUUUGAGCUUGAAUCCGUGGCGUCCAUGCGCAAGGCUUGGGAGUCACUCAGCGUGGAAGAGCGGCAGCGAAAAUGGCCGUCGGUGAUGCUUUCAACCAUGCACCGCUGUCCAGAAAAGGCCAGGCUAGUGCUUGAAGCUACCUUGGACUCUUUGCCCCCAGGAUAUGCGAUACACGACGUCCUGCUCUUCGUCACGCGGCGGAUGGACCUCGAAGGCUUCAAAUCCACAAGGGAGCGGACAAUCGAGGCAGAGGACGUGCUGCAUCUGGUGAGCAAGGUCAUCGAGGAGACACCAGCGGGUCAUGUUCCGUUCAGCCAGAGGAGCUUUGGACUUCUUGCUCAGAAGCUGCCUGCCGACCAGGUGGAGGAACUCUACAGCAUCGUGAAGAGGACGGGGCGCAGGAUGCACACCAACACUUUGAUUCACUUCGCUCGCAAGCUGGCAACCGACAUGGCCCACAAGGAGACUGCGUUCACGAUCCUCAAGGAGCUUGCGGACGACGGGCUCGACUUGAAUGAUGUUCGGCCCGCGAGCGUGAUCACAAUCCUCCUCCACUGCAAGAACAGCAGCGACAGCGUCGCGCAACAGAAGCGGCCAUUUUCUCCCAAGGACGCACUGCAGCAGCUGGUUGAACGGGGCCUCUCGCCAAACGUUGCGACGUCCACGGCCCUGCUCGACUCACUCUGUCAGCAAGGCGAGGUCGAAGAGGCCAUUCGGCUGGCCCUCUUGUUCGCCGAAUCGGGCGUGCAACUGGACACCAAGGCGUGGUCGACAGUCUUUCGCGGAGCAAAGAGCAGUCUUAAAGUGGUGAACCUCGUUAAGGCGCUUGACGUUGCGAGGGCAGCCGACGCACCGUACGUUGACGUUUUGAACAACGCACUUCACAGCGUCUUCUACUUUGCAGAGAUGGAGUCACGCGAGAAGAGGCAUCGAGCGCCAUGGGUUUUGCCCAUAUUCAUGCCGAUGCUGCAGGUCUAUGCCAAGAAGUUUGAUCUCGAGCCGCUGCAGUGGUGGCUCCCCGACUCGCUGCCCCUGAUGCUCGCGCAAACAUCAUCUGGUAAAGAGAUUACGACACUCGAGGGCCAGCGCCGUCGGACGUGGGACUUUCAACACUCAGUACUGCCCGUCGUCGACAAGUUCUUCUCGGCUGGCGACGAAACAAGGGUGCAGCCCACUUCGACGACUGUCGCCAUCAUGGUGAGGGCGUACAUCAAGAGCCUGCAGCAGCCUUAUGAGCUCAUGUCCUUUUACAACUUCUUCAAGUCGCGGCUGGAAGAGCAGGCGAAGAAGGAGGACUCUGCCAACCAGCUGGUCAAGAAUCAAGGCAGUCUGAUCCACGACACGUUCAUAAUGGCCAUGACGGAGCACCGAGGGCUGUCGCGCCCUGCUCUCCAGGUGUUUGGCGACAUGCUCAAGGACAACCUAAAGGCGGGGACGGUAGAAGGAGGUAAGGCACAUGUGCAGGACGGCAGCAGCGUGACGACGACGCCGAUUCACCCCACACCGAGCGUUCUCACGUUUACAAUCCUGCUGAGGGGCCUGAUGAAUCGGAGAGAGAAGCUGCUCGCGCAGCAAGUCAUCCAGGUGAUGCGGGAGCACGGCGUCGAGCCGAACCUGGUGACGUGGAACACGCUCACCAAGGGGCACGCGUCGAUGCAGGACAUUGCGCGGACGGUGGCGACGCUGCAGGACAUGGAAGCGGCAGGCUUCAAGCCGGACGCGUUUACGUUCAAGGCGUUUGGGAAACUGAGGGACCAGGGCAAGGCGCUGAAGAUGAUGGAGGGCAUCAUUGACAUGAACCGGCGCAAGAUGACCGGCGAGGACCUGUAUCAAUAG